AUGGACGGCUCUUCCGAUUGGCCCCCGCCGCAAGAGAAGGAGUGCAUGGUGGUCGCCUCCCUUAACCUGCUCAGGCUUCAGCUCCAUGCAGCCAUCAGUAACCAGAUGGACCCUGAGGAGUUGGGUCUGGGGCUGGGCAGCGGGCUGCUCAACAACCUGAAACAGACCGUAGUGACGCUAGCCUCCAACGCCGGAGUCCUCAACACCAUCCAAUCAGCUGCCCAGGCCGUGCUACAGAGUGGUUGGUCAGUGCUGCUCCCUACUGCGGAGGAGAGGGCCAGGGCACUGUCCUCGCUACUACCCAACACCGCAUCUGGUAACGAGAUGAGCGUCAGUCCUGGACGUCGCUUCAUGAUCGACCUGUUGGUUAGCAGUCUGAUGGCGGACGGAGGGCUGGAGUCUGCUCUCAAUGCAGCCAUCACAGCUGAGCUACAGGACAUCGAGGCGAGGAAGGAUGUCCAGAAAGAGAAGGAGGUUGAUGAGCAGGAGGCCAACGCCUCCACCAUGCUGCGCUGCCGUACCACCCUGGACAAAGACCUCAUCAACACCGGGAUAUACGAGUCCGCUGGGAAACAGAGCCUGCCUCUGGUCCAGCUCGUACAGCAGCUGCUGAGGAACAUAGCCUCCCAGACCAUCGGCAGACUGAAGGACGCGGCCAGGAGGAUAGCUAGCGGUGUAGACGCGGAGCACGUCAGUAAAGAGCGCUCGGCCUCCUUGGACCUGCUGCUACGCUUCCAGAGGCUGCUGGUCAGCAAACUCUACCUGGGGGUCAACGGCACCGAAAACACCAACGGACACAACCCAGAGCUGCUGGGUGUGGGGUCCCUGUUGAAGAAGUACAUCGCCCUACUGUGUACUCACAUUGGAGACAUCCUCCCUGUGGCUACCAGCAUUGCCUUCACCGGACACCGACACUUUAAUGAAGUGUCCCGGGUCAUCGAGGGUGACCUCACUGGUGUUCUCCUCCCCGAGCUGGUGGUGUCCAUCGUGUUGCUGCUGACCAUGGACGCUGGCCUGAUGCAGGAGACUGGCUCCAUCCCUCUGCUGGCUGGACUGCUGGAACAUCUGGACCGCUUCAACCACCUGGCGCCUGGACACGAGAGGGACGACAACGAAGACCUGGCCUGGCCCGGCAUCAUGGGCUCGUUCUUCACAGGGCAGAGCUCUAACAACAACGAGGACAUGUCUCUGAUCCGCAAGGCCGACCUGGAGAACCACAACAAAGAUGGCGGCUUCUGGACCGUCAUCGACGGGAAAGUCUACGACAUUAAAGACUUCCAGGCCCAGUCGCUCACUGGGAACAGCAUCCUGGCCCAGUUUACAGGAGAAGACCCAGUUGUUGCGUUGGAAGCAGCCCUGCAGUUUGAAGACACCAGGGUGUCUAUGCAGGCUUUCUGUGUUGGACAGUACAGAGAGCCCAACCAGGAGACAGUGACCACCCCAGACCUGAGCAGCCUGUGCUCCCCCCUCAUCGACACAGAGAGGAACCUGGGACUCCUGCUGGGCCUCCACGCCUCUUACCUGGCCAACAGCACCCCCCUGUCACCCAUGGAGAUAGAAUGUGCCAAGUGGCUCCAGUCGUCCAUCUUCCAAGGUGGUCUGCAGACCAGUCAGAUCCACUACAACUACAACGAGGAGAAGGACGAGGACCACUGCUGGUCGCCGGGAACACCUGAUAAGGCUCAACAGAUAUACUCCCGCAGGCUCACCCUCAGCGACCAUGCUCAGCCCUUCUUACAGGCUAUCGCUGACAACACCACUCAGGACCACACUGUGAAGGACUUCCUGUGCCAAAUGGAGCGGUGUUGUAAACAGUAUCACCUCAUCACGCCCAUCACCUUCCCCCUGGAGCACCCUGUGGAGGAAGUCGGACGUCUGCUUCUUUGCUGCCUGCUCAAACACCAGGACCUCGGUCACAUCGCACUUUCGCUCGUCAACCAAUGUGCCUUGGGCGUGGAGCAGGGCAAGCAGAGGACCCUCCCCAGAUCUGUGAUUGACGUGUGUCGCAUGGUCUACCAGGCUAAGUGCUCUUUAAUCAAGACGCACCAGGAGCAAGGUCGUAGUUAUAAGGAGGUCUGUGCUCCUGUCAUCGAGAGGCUGCGCUUCCUGUUCAACGAGCUGCGUCCUGCCGUUAGCAGCGACCUCUCCAUCGUGUCCAAGCUGAAGCUGCUCAGUGCCCAGCCGCGCUGGAAGAGGAUCACACAGAAGCUCAUCAGAGACUGCAGGAAAAAGAGAGUGCCUAAGAAGUCUGAGUCGGCAGACGUAGAGGAGCCUAAACUAGAGAACGAAGGGACCAAUGAGGAGGAGCUCUGUGUCCCCAUAAGCCCCGCCCCCACAGACAGAAAACUACCCACCAACAAGACACCCAAGGAUCGGCUGGCUCCUCUCCUCAACACGGUAGCUCACGUCCAGAAGUUUAAGUGGCUGAAGCACAGUGUCCAAGGAGUCUUCUCGACCUCCAGCCUCAUGGGGACCAUCGUCGAGUUCGCUCUGAAGGAGGAGCCACUCGAUGUGGAGAAGAUGAGGAAGUGUCUUCUCAAACAGUUGGAGCGUGCUGAGGUUCGGCUGGAGGGCAUUGACACCAUGCUGAAGUUGGCUUCCAAGAGCUUCUUGCUGCCCUCGGUCCAGUAUGCCAUGCUGUGUGGCUGGCAGAGGGUCAUACCUGAGGGGACCAACAUCGGGGAGCCGCUGUCUGACUGUCUGAAAGACGUAGGUCUGAUCCCUCCCUUCAACCGUAUGUUGUUAGAGGUCACCUUCGGGAAGCUGUACUCCUGGUCCAUCCAGAACCUACGCAACAUCCUGCUGGAAGCCAGCGGCAACUUUCAUCAACUGGGUGUACAGCCCGUCCCUCUCCAGACCAUUACCAAUGAGAACCCGGCCGGUCCCAGCCUGGGUACCAUCCCUCAGGCCCGUUUCCUUCUCUCCAUGCUCCACAUGCUGUCUCUGAAACACGGCGCCAACAGCCUGGCUCUGCUGCUCAACUCUGGGACCCUGGCUCUCACGCAGAGCAUCCUCAGACUCAUAGGCCCCAGUACAGACAGCAGUGAGGAGGAGCUGGGGUCGAGAGGUCACGGGGGGUCAGCUACGGUACUGGAGGAGAGCCGAAAGGAGGCGACCCCCACUCCCCUGCCCGCCUCAGGGCCUGAACUAGCCGCCAUGAUGAAGAUCGGAACCAGAGUGAUGAGAGGACUGGACUGGAAGUGGGGAGAUCAGGACGGUCCUGCGCCGGGUCUGGGCCGGGUGAUAGGGGAGCUGGGUGAGGAUGGGUGGAUACGGGUCCAGUGGGAUACCAGCAGUACCAACUCAUACAGGAUGGGCAAGGAGGGCAAAUACGACCUGAAACUGUCCGAGCCCCCGCCUGCCUCCCAGCCUGCUACUGAAGACUCUGACACCGAGGAUGACACUGAAGGAGAGGUGCUAGAUAAGAGUGCCCACCCCACAGCCAUGUUGUUGACCAGUACAGUGAACCUGUUGAAGACCCUGUCUCUGUCUGCUGGGAUCUACUCUGAGGUGAUGCAGACAGACGCCACACGGACCCUCUGUGGUCUUCUCCGCAUGCUGGUGGAGAGUGGAGCCAACGACAAGACAGGUUGUCCAUCUCACCGGCUGGUAUCCAGGGAGCAGCAUCGUAGCUGGUGUACUCUGGGUUUCAUCCGUAGCAUGGCCCUCCAGCCCCAGAUGUGUUCAACUCUCAGUACUUCGGCCUGGAUCAGUCUGCUGAUCCGCAUCGUCGAGGGACAACAGUCCUGUAAUGCUGUGACACUGCAGAGACAGAUCCUGGCUCUGCGUCUGCUGCAGGCCGUGCUCCCCUCCUGGGACAAGAUGGAGAGAUCUCAGGACAUGAAGUUCCUGGUGGAAAAACUCUUUGGUUUCCUGGGGUGUCUACUUCGCUCCUGCUCCUCUGACCUGCCCCUGCUCAGAGAGGGCUCUCUGAGACGCAGGAAGUCCCGCCCCCAGGCCUCCCUGACAGCCAGUCACAGCAGUACACUGGCUGAGGAGAUAGUGUCUGUGCUGCGCACGCUGCACUCCCUGGGCCAAUGGAACGCUCUGCUCAACGACUAUAUCAACUGUCAACUCAGCUGUAUAGGAGAUGUGAUGGCCGGACGACACUCUGAGACGGAGUACUUCCCUGACUCGGAGGGCCCUAGGGUGGGGGGUCUGAUGGCCGUGCUGGCUGUGAUCGGGGGCAUCGACGGGAGGCUGAGGCUGGGUGGACAGGUCAUCCAUGAGGAGUACGGAGAGGGAACGGUCACACGCAUCACACCUAAAGGACGAAUCACAGUGCAGUUUCAUGAGAUGAGGACCUGUAGGGUCUGCCUGCUCAGCCAACUCAAACCACUACCAGUAGUAUCGUUCAGUGUUCAGAACCUUCCCUUCUCUGACUCCAUGUUGGUUGUCUGGGCUCAACUGGUUCACCUGGCCGGCAGCAAGCUGGAGAAACAACACCUGAAGACGUCUCUCAGCCGCGGGCUCACAGCUGACCAGGUCGACGUUGCCCUCCUGCGGUGCCAGCAGCUGAGACUGUACAUCCUGAAGGCGUCCAGGGCCCUCCUCUCACACCAGGACAAACUACGACAGAUCCUCUCACAGGCUGCCGUGCUGGAUCACACACCCAACCCCAGUGAGGAGCCUAUGGCUGUGUCUCCAGACGUGGGUGACCUGUCUCCUGAGGGUCCCCUGCCCCCCCUCAUGCUCCUCCAGCAGCUCCUUUCUGCAGCCACACAGCCCUCACCUAUCAAGGCCAUCUUCAACAGGCAGGAACUGGAGACUGCAGCCCUGGCAGUGUGUCAGUACCUGGCGGUGGAGUCCACCCACCCCUCCUCCCCCCUGUUUGAGAGCAGUAGCUCCAGUGAGGCCACGACCCCUGUCACCGUGCAGCACGUCAAAGCCCCUAAACAGAAGAAGCAGAAGGCCUCUCCUGUCCCUCCGCUGCCCAUCGUACUACAGCUCAUGGAAAUGGGUUUCCACAGGAACAAUAUAGAGUUUUCCCUCAAGUCUCUGUCUGGGAUCGGCAGCGCUUCUGGUGUACCAGGUGUGGAGUCUCUAGUGGCUUGGUUGCUGGACCAUCCUGACGUCCAGGUGACAGAGCUGUCUGAUGCUGACACCGUGUCUGAUGACUACUCUGAGGAGGAGCUGGAGGAGGAGCUGGAGGAGGAGCUGGAGGAGCAGGCUCCUACAGCCUUCCCCGUGCCUCCUGGUGCAGUGGUGACGGAGACUCAGACCUUUAAGAACCGAUCAGAUUUCCAGAGCAACGAUGACUAUGCUGUUUACAUCAGAGAGAACAUUCAGGUGGGCAUGAUGGUGAAGUGCUGUAGAACGUAUGAGGAAGUGUACGAGGGAGACGUCGGGAAGGUAAUUAAGCUGGACAGAGAUGGCCUCCAUGACCUGAAUGUCCAGUGUGACUGGCAGCAGAAAGGAGGGACCUACUGGGUCCGCUAUAUACACACUGAACUACUAGGCUUCCCACCACAGACCUCUCCAUCCCACAUUAAGAUCGGGGACAAAGUGAGAGUGAAGUCUACCGUCACCACGCCAAAGUACAAGUGGGGCUCUGUCACUCACAGGAGUGUGGGAGUGGUCAAGGCUUUCAGUGCCAAUGGGAAGGAUGUGAUUGUGGACUUCACUCAGCAGUCGCACUGGACCGGGCUGCUGUCUGAGAUGGAGCUGGUACCCAGUGUUCACCCGGGAGUCCGCUGUGACGGCUGUCAGAUGUUCCCUAUCAACGGCCCCAGGUUCAAAUGUAGACACUGUGACGACUUUGACUUCUGCGAGAGGUGCUUCAAAACACGACAACACAACACCAGGCACUCUUUUGGGCGCAUCAACGAACCCGGCCAGUCUCCAGCGUUCUGUGGGCGCUCAGGGAAGCAGUUGAAGCGUCACCACAGCAACCAGAGGGGCAUGCUGGUAGAUGAGUGGUCCAGAGCCGUCAAAAGCCUCAACGUGUCGUCGUCUGUCAACCAGGCAUCGCGCCUCAUCGACUGCAGUGAGCUCUGCUGGCAGUCCUCUGGGUCGCAGGGAAAGCACUGGAUCCGUCUGGAGCUGUUACCUGAUGUCUUGGUCCACAGGCUGAAGAUGACGGUGGACCCUGCAGACAGCAGCUAUAUGCCCUCUCUGGUGGUGGUCUCAGGUGGCAGUUCCCUGAACAACCUGGUAGAGCUGAAAACUAUCAACAUCAACCCCACAGACACCACUGUUCCUCUGCUCAACGACUGCAAUGAGUACCACAGGUACAUAGAGAUAGCCAUCAAGCAGUGCCGUAGCUCUGGUAUCGACUGUAAGAUCCACGGCCUGGGUAUCGUGGGACGGAUCAGAGCAGAGGAUGAAGACCUGGCCACCGUGCCGUUCCUGGCUUCAGACAACGAGGAAGAGGAGGAUGAGAAGACGCCUACUGGGAGUCUGGCCCGUAAGAAGUCGUCAGGUCUGGAGUCGACCGCCACCAUCCGGACCAAGGUGUUUGUCUGGGGACUCAAUGACAAAGACCAGCUGGGCGGACUGAAGGGGUCCAAGAUCAAGGUCCCGUCCUUCUCUGAGACCCUCUCGGCCCUCAAUGUGGUGCAGGUGGCCGGCGGCUCCAAGAGUCUGUUCGCAGUGACGGCCGAGGGGAAGGUUUAUUCGUGUGGGGAGGCCACUAACGGGCGUCUGGGCCUGGGUCUGUCCAGCGGUACCAUCCCUAUCCCCCGCCAGAUCACUGCUCUCAGUAACUACGUAGUGAAGAAGGUUGCGGUGCAUUCUGGGGGACGCCACGCCAUGGCCCUCACCGUGGAUGGGAAGGUGUUCUCCUGGGGAGAGGGAGACGACGGGAAACUGGGACACUUCAGCAGGAUGAACUGUGACAAGCCGCGUCUCAUCGAGGCCUUGAAGACCAAGAGGAUCCGGGACAUCGCCUGUGGCUCGUCCCACAGUGCUGCCAUCACCUCCAGUGGAGAACUGCAUAGCUGGGGUCUGGGGGAGUACGGACGCCUGGGACACGGAGACAACACCACGCAGCUACGUCCCAAACUGGUGAAGGUGCUUCUGGGUCACCGUGUGGUCCAGGUGGCUUGUGGGAGUAGAGAUGCCCAAACUCUAGCCCUGACAGAUGAAGGCCUGGUGUUCUCCUGGGGCGAUGGGGACUUUGGGAAGCUGGGUCGGGGGGGCAGCGAGGGCUGUAAUAUCCCCCAGAACAUUGAGAGGCUGAAUGGGCAGGGAGUCUGUCAGAUAGAGUGUGGGGCUCAGUUCUCCCUGGCUCUCACCAAGUCUGGAGUGGUCUGGACAUGGGGUAAAGGGGACUACUUCCGUCUGGGCCACGGGACAGACGUCCAUGUGCGUAAGCCUCAGAUGGUGGAGGGGCUGAGGGGGAAGAAGAUUAUCCACGUGGCCGUGGGGGCGCUGCACUGCCUGGCUGUCACCGAGACUGGACAGGUGUUUGCGUGGGGGGACAACGACCAUGGCCAGCAGGGUAACGGGACCACCACGGUGAACAGGAAGCCCACCUUGGUUCAGGGUCUAGAGGGACAGAAGAUCACCCGUGUUGCCUGUGGCUCCUCCCACAGCGUCGCCUGGACCACCGUAGACGUCACCACCCCCUCUGUCCACGAGCCUGUCCUCUUCCAGACUGCCAGGGACUCUCUAGGGGCAUCAUACUUAGGCGUCCAAUCAGACAGUGACUCCUCGACGGUGAACAAUAAACUGAGUGGCCACAGUAAUGGUGUUAGACCCAACCGCCCCUCUCUGGCCAAAAUACUACUGUCUCUGGAUGGGAACCAGGCCAAGCAACAGGCCCUGUCCCAUGUCCUCUCAGCCCUACAGAUCAUGUAUGCCAGGGAUGCUGUGGUUGGUGCCCUGAUGCCAGCUUGUAUGAUGGUCCCCAUGGAGUGCCCCCCCCCUGACUCCUCCUCAGCAUCCAGCCCCUCUGAGUCAGAGGGGCCCCCUGUUCCCACAGAGGUGGAGGAGAGGGUCAGCCCUAACCCCUGGCAGACAGACAAGAAUGGAGAGGUGAGUAACCCUUAGUCCCUAACCCCUAGUCCCUAA